AUGGCUGAUGUUCUCCUUGAUUUACUCGAUGCUCGGCAGUCUACGAGCCUCGAUACCGACGCCAAUGCUCUGUUCAACCCGACAACUAGGUCAACCAAGCUCGCAUACCUGUCCCACCUCGCUGAUCAGAGUCCGGAAGCACUAGCCUCGACUGAGCCUCAAUCCCUGGCCCAGACAUCACAUUCACUUCUCCUCUCGCUCCAAGGGGUCUCAAAGCGCUCUCACAAAUCCAUCAUCGACUCGGCUUCAAACCACACUGGCCUGACCCGCGCAUUGCCCACUCUUGUUGCAGACACGGCAGACCUGCGCAAUGCCAUUCCCAAGCUCGAAUCAGAGGCCCUGCGCUUUUCCACCAUCUACAGUAAAUCCAGGGACAACGAGGACUUGGCCGAAAGGAAACGCGCCUUACUGCUACUACGCAAUGUUGAACGUCUCGUCGACGUGCUGGAACUUCCUACCCUCCUCUCUUCCGCCAUCAAUACUGUUCCUGCUAAUUACGCGUCCGCUCUCGAUCUCAAUGCCCACAUUCGGAGACUUCAUGGCUUGUAUUCAUCUUCGCCGCUGGUCGACCUCGUUUCCCAACAAGCUGACGAGGCCAUCGUGAAGAUGACGGCCGAUCUCAUCGCUGCGCUCAAGUCCCCUGGACUCAAGCUGGCCGCAUCACUGCGAACGAUCAGCUGGCUCAGAAGAGUGCUUCCGGACAUGUCUUCAAUGAGCUCCACGAGCCGCGGUUCUCAGGAACACACCCUCUCACUACUUUUCCUCUGUUGCCGCGUAGCCACCUUGGACGCUACCUUGGGGGCUUUACAACCCCUUCGUGAGCUAGCUGAUGACGAGAGGCAGAGGCAACUGAGCGCCAAUCAACAGUCCUGGUCAGGCGGGCAGCAGACAGAAAAGUAUCUCAAACGCUAUGUCGAGAUCUUCCGUGAGCAGAGCUUCAGCGUUGUCUCCAUGUUCAAGAGCAUAUUUCCCAGCACUGGAUAUCAGACCGGAACUACUUACGACGACGAGGAUCCUUUUAGACCCAUGCCAUCAACGCUAUCGACAUUCCCACUUCAUCUUGUGGAGAUGCUUCUCGAAACCUUGACAAUAUAUCUUCCGGUUGUGAAAGACCAAGCAGCAAGGGAUAGUAUCCUCACUCAAGUUUUGUACUGUUCAGGGAGUUUGGGCAGGCUCGGAGGUGAUUUUGGGAUGCUCUUGGCAACCUUGGGGGACGAACACGAAGUAACGAAACAGUCUGAAUGGGUUGACAUAGUCAAGAAGCACCGAUUACUUUCUGGGCGCCUUGAAUCGGUUAUCGGCGACUUCAAGGCGACAGGGGCCAAAGAGGCGAGGAUGACUACAAAGGCGGAAGGCAGGGUCGAAGGCAGGGUCGAUGGCAGGGUCGAUGGCAGGGUCGAAGGCAAGGUGGAAGGCGAGUCCACAAAGCGGAAAAUCAUCUCCACCUCUUGA